AAGGCACAACCUAGCACAUUAGUUAUCUCUGUUCUUGCAUAUGAGCUCUUGUAACUUGUUAGCCUUUUAAUGGGAAUUAAUUGCUUUCUUCGUCUUUUCACGAGCGAACUGUACUGUGUGUGAAAUUUGCGAAAGCCUACGUCUUUAGAAACGGUAUUAUAAACAGAAUAAAGUUUGCGUUCAUAUUGACAAUAUGCUUUAAAACGCGCCUAUGCAACAACAAUAAUAAAAAUAUAAAGGUAAUAGAAAGUCGCGCGUUAGAUAUUUCUAACUUAAAACAAAACGCCAGCGAAAUUAAAUUAAAUGAUAUAAUUUGCGUCUUUAAUGUGUUGUGCGUGACACAAGGUGGAAAAAGACCUACAUAAAGUAUUUUAUAUACUUAUAUAUAUAAUGGAUGGGGAAACCAAAAGCGCCAAUCCGCCUAAACUCACUGGUACGAUGACGAAACCUAAAUGUUCUUUUUCAAUAGACAGCAUCUUGUCAUCGCGGACGGACGAACAUUCCGCGCAAAUAGGACAGGAUUCAGACAGUCCUAACAUGGUGAAGCAAGACGCGCUGAUAAAGUCUAACAUGUUCAUGUCACACGGCGGUCGUUUUUGCGGUUCAUUGUUUGCGAAAACCCAGCAUUUGCCUUCUUACUGUUUUAAAACGCUGAAUAAAAUGGUGCAAAUGGAUUCUGGGCUUCAGCAUCAGUAUGCUAUAUCUUUAUACCAGAGAUGUGAACACAAUUUGUUUGGUUUAAGCAACAAUGGAUUUCUAAAUGGGGAUGUCCAUUUCGAAGGAAAUAAAGAAUCCGAUAAACGAAAUUGUUGUUACACGAAAACAAACCCACAAGACUCGUAUAACGUUGACACUUAUUUUAAAGAAGAAUGUAAAGAAAGUACGCGCUGCAUGCAGGAAAAUUUCUAUUACAAAGAUGAAGACGAUAUGGAUAUUACUGAAGAACCCGCUGGAACGGAACAUGCAACACCCGACAGCGAUGAAUUCAAAGGUGAAUCCGACGAAUCUUCGAACGAAUGUGAUGUGAAUUUGACCAAUGUUGUCACCUCGGGCGAUGAAGCUGCAAGUCCUGUCGGUGACCAGAAUGCCCGCCACGUGUUGCAAGUGCACGAGAAUAUGAACGAUUUCGCGGGAACGGAAGAACAGUUCGCCGAGGCGAGUGUGGCUGCAAUUAAACCGUCGAGAAAGAUUGAUGUUUUAGGAAAAUCUCCAAGAGGUUCCAAACAUAUCGCCGGGAACCAACAACAAGACCACCCGGACAAACCCCGUAAGAAGCGGUCGCGGGCCGCCUUUUCUCACGCGCAGGUGUUCGAGCUGGAGAGGCGCUUCCGGCACCAGCGUUACCUUUCCGGCCCGGAGCGCGCAGACCUGGCGAACGCACUAAAACUAACUGAGACGCAAGUAAAAAUUUGGUUUCAAAACCGGCGCUAUAAGACUAAACGCAAGCAGCUUCAGCGCGAACAGGCACUUGCAAACUCUAAAACGGCGUCUGUGACGAUCCUGAUUAAGGACGGAAAGCGUCUGUAUGACACUGAGGAGACCAUGAUUAGUAGGCCCAUGUUCUACCCUACGUUUCCUGUCAGUCCUUACGAAAUGUUCGCAUCGUAUUUUCAAUGACGAAAACAACGAAAAGCGAAAUAGGAAUCAGCUCUUAACUAUGUUAUUAAAAAUGUGUCGAAUUAAACUUGUCUUUAUGUGGUUGUCUUAUUUUCUUGUUUAAGUUCAAAAGUAUUAGAAUUAUAAAGUUGUCUACUUUAUAUUAAAUUGUUGUAAAUUUACCUUCCUUCAAUAAAAAUAUAAUAUUCUAAAGCAAAAGUCGAAAAGUUUUUAUUAUAGAAAAUCUGCACAUGGUUAAAGUGAUGUAUAUUUAAGCUACUGAAUAUUGUAAAGGGUGAACAAAUUGCAAAAAAAAUUCCUCUUUUGCUAAUAAGGCCAGAAUAAAUUGUUUGUUUCCACAAACAACUAAACAAAUGGGGUAGGUAAGUCGGCAUUGUUUUUUUUUGAAUGUAUAUACAUGCUAUUUCCCGCUGUUAUAAUGAUAUUCGUCGAUUGAAAUCGUCCAUAGCUCUUCCUUACAUAUAUUUCUAAAGAUUUAGAUUACCGUAGUAUGUACUGGUAAAUGUGAUCGAAUAUUCAACGAUCAAUAAAAACAUUAAAAAAACCACAGUUUAGAAUCGGGACCAAAAUUGUGAUCGAUCGAGUUUAUGAAAACAAACAUUUGUUUUUGUCUCACUUAAAUGUUAUACUGUGUGAUUCUUUUGUAUACAUUUUAUAUUAAAGCAAUAUGUGCGUUUUCCUUGCAUGUAUACCAUCAGUGUGUGCACGUGUUUGAACGAGAUUGUAGUGGUCCGCCAUCGUCGUUUAUUGUUAGUUUAAACCUAUUUAUUUUAGCUCGAUUGCAUCGAAAGCCUAAGCUUAUAUUAACGCUCUCGAGUCCGUUUCCUGGGUAGAACCAUUACUUGGUGUCUUUGGGGGCGAUCUAAAGAACGCUCCCACGGUGGGGAUCGAACCCGUAACCUCCCGGUCGCUAGGCGGACACCAUAUCCAUUACACCACGGCGACCUUACAAUUGAUCAAACAGGCACUUCUUUAUUGAGAAAAAAAAGUUGCCUAACAUGAAACAAAUAUGAUGAUCUUACGUAAACAAAGGCAAAAUUAGUCUUGCUCUUGAAUAUUUUAGACAUCUUAUUUGAUGACAACGUACCGGUAAUAUCCGAAAGUCUAUAGGAUUAGCCGACAAAAUAUCAUCGCAUUCACAAUAAAAAUAACUGUUGAAACUAUUUUUACAAACACGAAUUGCUUUCUUGAAUAUGGUAUUAACUCAUUUAACUUGUUCAUUUUUUUUGCAGCAAUUAUUGUACUUUUAUUCUGAUGCGACUGUUUUAUGAUUUAUGAAAUGCUUAACGCUCGUCCGUUCAACGCAUGCAUUGCACAUCAAUGCUUGGCGUUUGCUUACGUUUUGCAUAUUGAUAAAAUAUAUAGAACAUACUAGUAUAUAAAAAGAGAUUACAUGUUCAAAAUAUU